AUGGCAAAGACCACUGGAACAGUCCAAGAACCGGCAUCAUCUCCAAGAUCAUACAAUGUGGAGACGGAGCUGGGAACGCUGAGAAGAAACCGGGCUCAGCUGACUGUUCUUCCAGAACCUGGCCAGCCGCAGGAAGACCAGCCCGACUCUAAUGUGACUGUGACCAGAUACGGGAGAGUCUCCCGCCCACCUGAAAGACUGGACUGUGGGAGAAUUCCUGAUGAUGUCCUGAGGAGAGUUAUAGAGAAUCAUAAAGCCAGUCUGAAGAGGAGGUUUGAGAACAUAUCUGAAGGCAUCAUCAAACCAGGAGCUGAGACACCCCUCAAUAAGAUCUACACUGAGCUCUACAUCACAGAGGGAGAGAGUGAAGGAGUGAACAAGGAACAUGAGGUGUGGCAGGUAGAGUCAGCAUUCAGAGCACAAACCACAGAAGACACACCAAUCAACUGCAAUGACAUCUUCCAGCCCUUACCUGGACAGGAGAAGCGCAUCAGAACUGUGAUGACCAAAGGUGUUGCUGGCAUUGGAAAAACAGUCUCAGUGCAGAAGUUCAUUCUUGAUUGGAUAAAUGGGGUAGCCAAUCAGAAUGUAGACUUUAUAUUUCCCCUUCCUUUCCGUGAGCUGAAUUUAGUCAGGAGUGAACAGUAUAGUCUUAACAAGCUCCUGCUUGACUUCCAUCCUGAACUGAAGGAGCUGAAGGAUGGUGAAGAAUACAAAGACUGUCCGGUUGUGUUCAUCUUUGAUGGUUUGGAUGAGAGUCGAUUACCUCUGAAUUUCCAAAAGAACAUGAUAUCUGAUUUAAAACAAACAUCAUCAGUGGAUGUUCUGAUGACGAGCCUCAUUCAGGGGAGUCUGCUUCCCACUGCACUCAUCUGGAUAACCUCACGACCAGCAGCAACCAAUCACAUUCCUGCUCAGUGCAUCCAUCAGAUAACAGAAGUACGAGGGUUCAAUGAACCACAGAAGGAAGAGUACUUCAGGAAGAGAAUCUGUGAUGAGAGUCAGGCCAACAGAAUCAUCUCACACAUUAAGGCUUCCAGGAGUCUCCACAUCAUGUGCCACAUUCCAGUCUUCUGUUGGAUUGCAGCCACAGUACUUCAGCAGAUGCUGGACAACACUCAAGACAUUCCCAAAACUCUGACUGAGAUGUUCAUACGCUUCUUGCUCGUCCAGACCAGAAGGAAGGAUCAGAAGUAUCAGAGUGGAACUGAAAAAGAUCAAGAGAAACUUUUAAAAUCUCAGAAAGAGAUUUUACUGAAGCUUGGAGAACUGGCUUUCAAGAAUCUAGAGAAUGGCAAUCUGAUGUUUUAUGAGGAAGACCUGAAAGAUUGUGGCAUUGAUAUCAGUGAAGCCUCAGUGUACUCUGGCAUGUGCACUGAAAUCUUCAAGGAAGAAUCUGUGUUUCACCAGAGGAAGGUCUACUGCUUUGUGCAUCUGAGCAUCCAGGAGUUUCUUGCAGCUGUGUUUGUGUUUCACUCUUAUGUGACUGAGAACCUCGAGGCACUGAAAUCCCUCGUCAGUGAAGAACAUAGAGUUGAUCCCAGUCCAUCUUUUAUAUCAUCUUUUCUAUCAGUCCUGGGAUUAAAAUCUCAAGACCAUCUACAUAUGUUACUUAAGAGUGCAGUGGAUGAGGCUUUGAAAAGCAGGAAUGGACACCUGGAUCUUUUCCUUCGAUUCCUUAUGGGCAUCUCUUUGGAGAGCAAUCAAAGACUUUUGAAAGGUCUACUGAACAAACAAAGCACCUCAAAGAGCGUUGAUGAUGCAUGUCAAUACAUUAAGAAGCUCAACAGGGAAGAUCUCUCUCCGGAACGAUGCAUCAAUCUUUUCCAUUGCUUAUUAGAAAUGAAUGAUCAUUCUAUGCACAAAGAAAUACAAAAAUAUCUGGAGUCACCAAAGAACUUCGAAGAGAAAUUGUCCCCUGCUCACUGUUCAGCACUGGCCCACAUACUUCUGAUGUCUGCGGAGGUGCUGGAUGAGUUUGACCUGAAGAAAUACAACACAUCAGAUGAGGGACGCAGGAGACUGCUGCCUGCUGUGAGAUGCUACAGAAAGGCACGACUUGCUGAAUGUACACUUAAAUAUAAGUCCUGUGGAACUGUGGCUACUGUUCUACAGUCACCAAACUCCCUGACAGAGCUGGACUUGAGUAACAAUGACCUGGGAGAUUCUGGAGUUCAGCUUCUCUCUAACGGACUGUCUAGUCCCCACUGCAAACUGCAGACAUUAAGACUUGCUGAAUGCAAACUCACAGAUAAGUCCUGUGGGUUUGUGGCUACUGUUCUACAGUCACCAAACUCCCUGACAGAGCUGGACUUGAGUAACAAUGACCUGGGAGAUUCUGGAGUUCAGCUUAUCUCUAAUGGACUGGCUAGUCCCCACUGCAAACUGCAGGCAUUAAGACUUGCUGAAUGCAAACUCACAGAUAAGUCCUGUGGGUUUGUGGCUACUGUUCAACAGUCACCAAACUCCCUGACAGAGCUGGACUUGAGUAACAAUGACCUGGGAGAUUCUGGAGUUCAGCUUAUCUCUAAUGGACUGGCUAGUCCCCACUGCAAACUGCAGGCAUUAAGACUUGUUGAAUGCAAACUCACAGAUAAGUCCUGUGGGAUUGUGGCUACUGUUCUACAGUCACCAAACUCCCUGACAGAGCUGGACUUGAGUAACAAUGACCUGGAAGAUUCUGGAGUUCAGCUUCUCUCUAAUGGACUGGCUAGUCCCCACUGCAAACUGCAGGCAUUAAGGCUCUCUGAUUGUCUCAUCUCAGAGAAGGCUUGUAUUAGUCUGGCUCCAGCUCUGUCUUCAAACCCCUCCCACCUCAAAGAGCUGGAUCUGAGCUGCAAUCAUCCCGGGGAAUCAGGACCAAAGCUGUUAUCUGCUAGACUGAAAUAUCCUGUCUGUAAACUGGAGAUUCUUAAACAUCCAGUGCAAGAGCUCAUGUCUAAGGGCCGGUCCACACGGAACCUGGAUUGCCUGAAUCUGGAAGAAAUGUUGUUGGAUCUACCUUCCGUCCACACGAACCCCGUGGAUUGGCUCACACUGGACCCAAACACAGCAUACACAGGUCUCUCUCUCUCUGAGGGAAACAGAAAGGUGACACGUGUGAAUAAGAAGCAGCCGUAUCCUCGCCACCCAGAGAGAUUUGAUACGAGGCCUCAGGUGUUGUGUAGAGAGGGUCUGUCUGGACGCUGCUACUGGGAGGCUAAGUGGAGUGGGGGGGCUUGUAUAUCUGUGGCGUAUAAAAGCAUCAAGAGGAAAGGGGGUGAUGACAGUGCACUGGCAUAUAAUGACAAGUCCUGGGGUUUGUGGUGCUCUCCUGACAGUCUCUCUGCCAGGCACAAUAAUAAACGCACUGACAUACAUGUCCCCUCCUCCAGCAGAGUAGGAGUGUACCUGGACUGGCCGGCUGGCACUCUGUCCUUCUACAGCGUCUCCUCUGACACACUCACCCACCUGCACACGUUCCACUCCACAUUCACUGAGCUCCUCUAUCCUGGGUUUUAUGUUUAUUCUGAGUGCUCAGUGUCCCUGUGCCAGAUCACAUGACCUCCCCAUGCUACAGGAGUCACCCACUCCUAUUCAUACACAUGAGUGGUGCUGUGAUGCUAUGGAAAUAGUGAUAUGUGUACUCUGUUUAUACACCACUGCUUUGAUGAUACUAUGUAUAUCUGUUGUAUAUUUUGUGCAUUUUUUUAAUUGAAGACGUGGGUUAUAAGAAUUGUUCAGCAACAAUAUGAUGUAUUCUUGUCUCCUUAAGCUUUAAUUAUUUGCUGCAUUUUUUUAAUAAGAUGGUAUGGGGUCUCUGUGUAUG